AUGUUUUGGCUGGUAGAUAGGCUUAAAGAAGAAAGCAGCAACCAAAAAUUCAUGCACAAAAUAUGUCUGUUGAAAUGGAAAAUACUGGUGUUUAGAGAUGGGUUGCAUAAUGUUUUAAAAAGAAGUAAUAAGAUUAGACAAAGAAAAUCAAAUUUUUUUAUAGUUUUAUGCAUAAAAGAAAUUAAAAUUAUGUUUCAUUAA